UUAUAGUGGAUCUUGGAUGAAUUUUGGAAAUUCGGAUUUAGUACUAAAUGGCAAUGACGGAUCUUGCAUGCAAAGUGCUUAUGAAAAGAAGAUUUUGGAUGCUAAUAAUUUCGUUGUUGAAGAGUUAGAGACUUUUACCGUACAAAAAACUACAUUUUAA